AUGGUAUCUUGCAAUUUAAAUCAGCUCUCUAAGAUUGUUGAAGCACUAACUGAAGUAUCAAUGGGGUCAGAAAGAAUAUCAUCUAGCAAAGCUUCAAUUUUGUUGUCAGCCAUAAACAAUAGUGAGUUUAUUAUAUGUAUAUUAGCUAUGGUUGAUGUACUUAAAACUAACAAUGCCAAUAUCACGACAUUUGCAAUCAACGAAAAACGUAAAAAUUGUGUUUCUGAAUUUAAAGCAAUUUUUUCAAAUGCAAGUGACUUAGCUACAGUUAUUGGAUUUGACUUAAGAAUGCCUAGAAUAGUUGGGAAACAAAUAAAUCGUAGCAAUUAUCAAGCGAAAGAUACUGAACAAUAUUAUUUGCGAAGUAUUUACAUACCACUAUUGGAUACUGUGAAAACAGAUAUGACUUUGAGAUUAUCAACCAGUACUUUAGAAGCUUUCGAUUUACGUUUAUUAAUUCCUAAAACAAUUGUAGUGUUAACUGACAAAGAUUCCUGCGAGAAAAAAAAUAUAAUAAAAAUAAUUUUAAACGUAGCAACUAAAUUUUCUAAAUUAAAUGCAGAAGUUAAAUUGAUGACUCCUGAUUUAUUAGAAAGUGAAGUUAUGUUAUGGAUCCAUAAAUGGAAGAAAUGUACACCAGACCAACGACCGAUUACAGCAUUAGAUGCCUUAACAAAAUGUGAUAAUGAAAUAUUUCCUACUAUAAGAUUGUAUUUGCAAAUAUUAGCAACACUCCCAGUCAGUGUUGCAUCGGCUGAGAGAAGUUUUUCGACUCUACGCAUAGUUAAAACUUGGCUUCGAUCAAGGAUGGACGAGGAUCGUUUAACAAGUUUAUGCUUUCUAAACGUAUAUCAAAAUAUUAAUAUGUAUGAUAAAGUGGACGAAAUAAUAGAAUUAUUUGCAAAACAAAAAAAAAGAAGGCUGGAGUUUGUUGUAUAA